CACCGACUGGUGCUGACUUGGUGCAAUCUCCCCCACUCCAGCGUUGAGCGAAUACGACGAAGGAUUCCACAGAGAAGCUUCCGCGAAGAAGAGUGUGGGUGGGAUGCAAUCCAGCGAGCUGAAAGACUCUCUUGUGUUGGAUUUCAAUGCGUCCAACAGCUGUUCUCGAAUCCCAUACUGUGCCACACAGCUGUCCUACGCGCACGCACAGCGGGCCGUCCAAAGCAAAAUGGUACAAGCCACGGCGGUUGAUAUCAACCUCAAACCGUCAACUUCUCAAAGCGUCGUACGACAGCUUAUCUUACGACCCCCAUGCCGCGUCUCCCCAGCCGCGACACUCCACGCUUCAACCAAGACGGCGCUGCAAGCUGUCUUGGAAAGAGGCAAGAAAGGCGACGUCGAAGCCCUCGGGGUACCCACCUCAAGAUGUUGUGCAGGGCGCAGGAAGGCGAUGGAGGUGUUGUGGCGCACCUCGACUCCCGGCGUCCGGUAAACACGGAUCGCUAUGGGGCGAAUCAAGGGCCGCGAAUCGGGCAGCGGGCCGCGCGCAGAAGAAAAACAUUGUGUAAAAGCGUAAAGCAACAAGAUAGGAAUUGAUAGACAAGCCGUUUGGCACGACAGCCACGGCCACAUGUGCUCACGCGCGUGACACAUGCGAAUCUUGUAACGAAACCGGUACGAUCGUGGCGAACCCGCCAAUGAGGUGCAUUCCGGGGGCUCGUAUCAGGGGCUCGGCGCCGUUCUAGCCCCGUUUGGGUCCCUGGCCUCACGCAUCCUUAUCAACACCAGGUC